GUGCAUUACUGAGUGAUUUGUUGGAAGUAAUUGGUCCUACAAAUGUCUUUCGUCUGACAUGUGUGAAAUGAUCGACAGGUGCUUGAAGCUUAGUUGUCUUGUUACACACAAACAUACGUACACAUACCUAAACUAGGAAAAAAAUAAUAAUUGGAGGAAAAGUAAACAGUUUAUCAUGUUCUUUCUCUCACCCUGAACCAAGAAAAGCAUUUUUUUUAUUAAACCCCUCUAAUGCACUCAUUAAACAGGAAGAAACCGAAGUUUUAACUUAUGUUCCCCGUGAUUUCCCUAUCACAGCUGAAGAGAAAUUUUGAUUUAUAGUCCUUUCUUCCAGGCAUUGAUCACCACCAACACCAUCGCCUUCUGCUUAUCUUCUUCUAAUGCUACUGUGACGUCUAUCGCGACGUCUAUCAAUCUUUGGGAAAUAUUAUUAUUAUCAUAAUUUUCACUGGUUAUUAUACUUGUGAAGAAACAAAAUCUGCACACUUUUCAUUCCAAGCAGAAGACUGAUAUCAAAUAAUGUUGUGCAUAUACAGAGAUUGACGACUGAAUGUUAAACAUUUCACACCUGAACGACAAAUUAGUGGAAAUACACAAAUCUAUGAAUAUAUUUAUAUGGUAAAUAGAACUAUUCCUGCACCACUCUGUUCCGCUCAUCUUUUCUUCUGAUAGGAUAUUUAAUUGUUAACAUUGUGCAUCAGUUAAGGGAUAUCUUCAUAGAAUACAUGAAAUUUUUUUAGGUAAUGUUCUCAUUUAAAAACAGACACUAAGUUGGUUACUUCAAGACAUCAAAUGACAAAAGAAGGUAAUCCUUACUGAACAAACUGAGUCUUCAUUCAAUAAACACACCUAAGAAAGUCUCUAAUCAACACGACAACAGAAAUGUGGUUCACGGUGAUAAUAAUGAAAGUUUUCUUUUUGUUCAAAAUAUUUUGUGUCAUCCACGUACUUACUCAUCAGGUUCAACAGUUCAAUGAAAAUGAAAAUAAUCACAUUCAAACAUUUCUGAAGUCUGACAUUUCUAGCUCCAUCACAUUUGCAGAUGUAGAUCAGACCCGCAUUAACAAUUCGUCUUUGACAAGAACUAAACGAUCAAAACUACAAAAUGUAAACGAUUUUCAUAAAAGUAGUGAUGAGAAUAAAGGUAAUGUUGACGAUACUGUAUCCAGUAGAGAGAAUUCAGUAAAUACUAAUAAUAUAAUACCAGCACUAUCAUCUUACCAUCAGUCAGCUUCAAGUCAGUCUCUUCUUGUCUCUGGAGACAGUGAAAAGUUACUCAGGCCAGAGAAAUGUAUUCCAAUCGAAAUACCCUUAUGUAAAAAUAUCGGUUACAAUUUGACUUAUGUGCCCAAUGCAUUCAAUCAUGAAACUCAAGAAGAGGCUGGUUUAGAAGUUCAUCAAUUCUAUCCAUUGGUUGAAAUCAACUGUUCAGAAGACUUGAAAUUAUUUCUAUGCAGCAUGUAUACACCGAUUUGUUUGCCUAAUUGGCAUUAUCGAUUAACUGCAUGCAAAUCACUUUGUGAAAGUGCACGUGAUGGCUGUAUGCCAGUAAUGCGUACUUAUGGCUUCGGUUGGCCUGAAAGAAUGAAUUGUGAUCUUCUUCCAGAAGGGAAUGAAUGCGUAAGUCGAAGCAACACACCAAACAGUAAAAAAACCACAACAGGUUCAUCGUUGUUAUCUUCUGAAGAAGUAGGUGAAGAGAAUGAAAAUAGUAGUAAAGACGAUAAUGUUAUUGGACAGGAAACAAAAUCCUCUGGUCAUGAUAUAUUAACCCUAAUAAAAGAAUUCAAUUCACAUAGUCGAGUAAAUAAUCCAAAUGUACAAAAUUUUAAUGCUAAAAUCAAAUAUAAAGAAUUUCAUAAGAAUUACAGUUUUCCAAAUGUUCCACCAUCAGAGAUUCUCAGUCAACUACAAGAACAGUUGACAAGUAGUGUAAUGGAUACUUAUUCAAAAACAGGAAAUAAAAAGACUACUGGUAAGAAUGAAGAUACCAAUGACAUUACUGCAAGAAAUUCUAAAUUUCAUCGCAAAAGCUUAAGUCCAGUUAUCUGUUUGCCAUGCAGAUGUCGUGAUCCAUUUGUCGCUUGGAUGAAACCACCAUUUAACGAAGUGAUAACUGGUGGAAUAUCUGGGUGUUUACCGUCCUGUCAUAGUCCUGCGUUCGGUAAUCAAUCAGACAGAACAUUCGCUACAUUCUGGCUUGGAUUAUGGGCUGUUUUGUGUAUCUUAUCUACACUAGCCACUGUGGCCACAUUUCUUGCCGACCCUGGUCGAUUUCAAUAUCCAGAACGACCAAUAAUAUACCUUUCAGCUUGUUACUUUAUGAUUGCUCUUGGAUAUUUAAUACGAGUCGGUAUGGGCCAUGAAACUAUCGCUUGUGAUGGACCUGUACUAAGGAUCGGCACAACUGGACCGGCUCAGUGUAGCAUCGUCUUCCUACUGACUUAUGUUUUCGGUAUGGCCUCUUCUGUAUGGUGGGUGAUUCUCACGCUGACAUGGUUCUUAGCAGCAGGACUGAAAUGGGGUACGGAAGCUAUCGCAAAAUAUUCUCAGAUCUAUCAUUUCUUCGCUUGGUUUUUCCCUGGUGCGCAAGCCAUCUUUGUAUUAAUUUUAUCCGCAGUCGAUGGAGAUCCAGUUGGUGGGUUAUGCACUGUUGGAUCAACAAGUUUAGUAUAUCUUCGAAUAUUUGUACUCGCACCAAUGUGCAUUUACUUAGGACUUGGCACCGUAUUUCUCCUGGCUGGUUUUGUGGCUUUAUUCAAAAUUCGCAGUGAAAUUAAACUACAGGCAAGAGGUCAAUUAAAGACAGAUAAAUUAGAGAAAUUAAUGAUACGUAUUGGGAUAUUUGGUGUGUUGUACACAGUCCCAGCCACUGUAGUAAUUGCUUGUCACUGCUAUGAAUUGUACAACCGUGAUGCUUGGAAUAAAGCGCACAACUGUCCAUGUGCGCCUUUACCAAAUAUGAAAGAAACAUCACAAGAAAAUUUUUUAGAGAAGCUCAGAUCUUUAUUGGCGGACAAUUACUACCAUUCUUCUCAGAAAACUGAUAAACUCAUGGAUAGAAAAGACGGUUUCACACUUCAUUUAAAUCCACCAACAUACUCUACCAGUCAGCCUGAGUAUGCAGUAUUUAUGUUGAAGUACUUUAUGUCUCUUGUUGUUGGGAUAACAUCUGGAUUUUGGAUUUGGUCAGGUAAAACAGUGGAUUCUUGGCAGCUAUGUCUAAAACGCACGUUUAAUCGUUCGUACGCAACAAGUACUAAAAGAAACCAAGCAGCAUCUGUUGGAGUUCUAAGUCACACUGGAGCACUCCUACCUAAUCUCUCUCCCCCACCGAAUACGGGCACCAUAGGAUGGAAUGCAGGACAAUCAAAGAUUUGGAUGAACAGCAGUAGUAAUCCUAAGCUAGCUGGAGGACAAAAUGUUUGUGUUAAUAACUGCACAACAUGGCAAGAUGAUUACAUUCCCAAUAAUCGUCUGCUCCCUCAACCUCCACCUGUAAGUCUCACUUGCAAUCAUUCGGCAGUUACCCACAUGAGUCAUACAAUGCAGAUACCUGGUGGAUCGGUUAUUGGAACAGCAGGAGCUUCUCUUUCAGGUUUACAAGGUAACUCCGGAUCGUUUAACAGUUGUCCACUUGAAGGUACUGCUCUCAGUUCCGGCAGCGGGACAAACUUACCCACACAACAAAAUCCUGGACGUAAAAUAGACGCAAACAGUAUGUUUAUAUUGUCUUCAGCGCCAAUGACGCAUAUCUGAACACCUGAAGAUAUAUGUGUAUAUAUUUAUAUUUGUUGCUUAGGUAGUAAAAACUAAGAAGCUCUUCAAUGGAAACACUUCAACUUCUCUUUGUGUUUUGCAUACUGGAACCUUGUUCAGUGUUCAUAGCCCCGGUCUAAGACAUCCAUGCCAACUUCCAAGAAACCUUCUUAUCGUAGUAGCAAUAUGUAUCUUUUAACUAGUUAUGUUCAAACUGAACUGAACUAGGUAUACUUUUAGUCAGCAAACAUUAAUAUCACUUAUUUUAGUGGUAAUGCUACUAACAAUUUCAUUUCAUCUUCUUAUCAUCAUGGUUUUAGCGUGAGGAAACUUAAAAUUUCAAGCUACAAUGUAACUUCUACACUUUUUCUUUCUAAUGAAACAAUAAGGUAAACAUUUCAUAUCCAAUGAAUAAAUCAUAGCAUUUCAGGCAGCGAAAAAUGCCUAACUGUAAUUAUGCUUCAUCAAAAGUAUCAAUUGUUUUUCAUUUCUCAUUAAAUUACUCACUUAUAAAGCUAGCAGUUAUUCGGUUCCUACUGUCUCAGUGUUUCUAAUGUUUCAGUUGCAACGAAACAAAAUGUUGAACAUUGAAACUUCAUAAUACUUUGUACAUAACUGGACAAAUUAUAUGUUUUUUGGAAUGCUUGAACACGUAUAUCAAUAUGAUACAUAUAACCAGUCAUUUUUUGAUCACAGAGAUGCUCAAAUGCGGUGCCUUUUUAAUUUAAUGAUAUCUGCCAAUAACUAGAACAUCAGUUAUGGUUUACAUUACUGAAGUAAUUUUUUUCUUAUUACCUAAUGCAUACUACUUACUUAGUCAGCUAUUAUUUCUUGCAUUUUUUGUACUUUACUAUAUAGUCUUUAUAUACAUAUACUUGUGUAAAUAUUUCAUUAAAUGUAUAUUUAUACACGCAACAAAUAAAGUUGAACACAUCUUUAUAAAUUUUACCGACUUUGUAGAAAAAUAUUCAACUAUGUCAAUCGACUCAAUAAAAUUAUAGUUUGCAUGUAAUUAUUAGUAAAACAACAGCGUAAAUUUUGAAAUAAGUUUGAGCAUAUUUCUAGUAAAUAUGUGUU